AUGCUGUAUCUCGCUCUUGUGGUUGUGGCGGUCAUCGCUCUUUACUUGUACGGUACGCGCGGCUUCAGGUAUUGGGAAAUAAGGGGCGUCAAACAUGACAAGCCUUUGCCGUUCUUCGGGAACAACUUAGACAGCUACCUAAUGAAGAAAAGUGUAACUCAGAUAGCCGUGGAGCUGUAUUGGAAGUAUCCGAACGAAAAAGUGGUUGGAUUCUAUCGGGCCUCCUUUCCAGAGCUGGUAAUAAGAGAUCCCGAAAUCGCGAAACGCAUAUUGAUCACAGACUUUGGCUCUUUCUACCCGAGGGGUAUAAACACUCAUAAAACCGCAAUCGAGCCUUUGCUGAAGAAUUUGUUCUUCGCUGAUGGAGACCUUUGGCGGCUGCUAAGACAACGCAUGACUCCAGCGUUCACUUCAGGAAAAUUAAGAGCGAUGUUUCCUCUCAUCGUGGAACGCGCUGAGCGUUUACAGAAUAAAGCUAUUAACGCUUCUGAAUCCGGACGAGUUUUGGAUGCACGCGAUAUAAUGGCCAGGUAUACUACCGACUUUAUAGGUGCUUGCGGCUUUGGCCUCGAUGCAGAUUCCCUCAGUGAUGAGAACUCCGCUUUCAGAAAACUCGGCGCGGAAAUAUUCCAUUUCGGUGUAUAUGAGAUUUUCAAACAACUCCUAAAGGAGUUGUUUCCUGACAUGUUCAAGCAUUUGAAAAUAAUGGGAAAAGUAGAAAGAGACGUCGCUGCCUUGGUCAAAAGUAUCUUGCAGAAGAGAAAUUAUGAACCAUCCGGUAGGAACGACUUUAUCGAUUUGCUUUUGGAGUGCAAAAAUAAAGGUAUGAUGGUUGGAGAAUCUAUUGAGAAGACGAAACCCGACGGUACACCGGAGCCAAUUUCUUUGGAAUUAGACGAUUUGCUUAUGACUGCUCAAGUGUUUGUAUUUUUCGCCGCUGGAUUCGAAACUUCUUCAUCGGCGACUAGCUUCACUCUGCACCAGUUGGCAUUUAAUCCAGAAGAGCAAAAGAAAGUACAAAAAGAAGUAGACAGAGUACUGUUGAAACAUGACAACAAACUAUGCUACGAAGCUGUUAAAGAAAUGACGUAUUUAGACUGUGCCUUCAAAGAGGGAAUGCGAAUGUUUCCCUCACUGGGUUUUCUAGUUAGGGAAAGUGCUUGCAAUUACACAUUCCCAGAAUUGAAUCUGUCCAUUGGCGAAGGGGUCUCGAUAAUAAUUCCUCUACAAGCUAUGCACAAUGACCCACAAUAUUUUGAAGAGCCAGAACAGUUCCGUCCGGAGCGCUUUUUACCCGAUAACAUAAAUCCUAAAACCAAAUACGUUUAUCUACCAUUUGGCAUAGGUCCUCGAGCUUGUAUUGGUGAAAGGUUAGGCCAGAUGCAAUCUCUAGCCGGUCUAGCUGCCGUACUAUCACGAUAUACGGUUGAGCCCGCUCCAGAAACACUACGGAAUCCAGUCGUGCUGAUUGAGCAC